UGUCUUUCUUGUCCUAAAUUCAACCUUUGUUCCAACUGUAAAUCAUGUUUUAAUGGUCUCCAUGAUCCGAGGCACAAGUUCAGCGAAAUUACGUAUGCUAGAACGGAAGAAAAAUUGCAUUCGGGCGUCAACAAUCAACAGUACCGCCCAAGUACCCGCCUGCUAGAGGGAUCAAUGCAACCAUCUGAAAACAAAGGAGUAGCGGUACAAAAUACAGUAGAAACGAAUGUGAAGAUCGAUAAAAAAGGGAAGGUAGAGGUGGCAAAUACGGUAGACACAAAUGUUAAUGUGGGUCCGUGGGUAGCAUUCGGAGCUAUAGCAGGUGUAGCAGUAUUAGGUUCUAUCGGCAGGUCAAUAAUCAAUAGUUUCAAACCAUCUAGUAAAACGGGAUAG